GCAGCCUCUGUGUCUCUUCCUCCUCAUCCUUCCACCCCUCGAGAACCUCGGGCUGACACUGGAUUGAUCAUGAAUGUUUUGCGCUCCAGCGGGAGCUUUUCCUCGGCUCUCCGGACCUGCCAACGGUCACGGGCCUUGCCAAUAGCACGGUGCCAGGCUAUACCUCUGCCCCGUCGCCAAUUUCACGCCUCCUCGUCUCUGUGGGGAAUCAAGUCCCAGGUAUUGAAGGAUGUCGGAGAGGGGAUAACGGAGGUUCAGAUCAUCCAGUGGUACGUUGAGGAGGGCGCAUACAUUGAGGAGUGGAAGCCUCUCUGUCAAUACCAGUCAGACAAAGCAGUUGAUGAUAUCACAUCGAGAUACGAAGGCGUGGUCAAGAAGCUUCACUUUCAGGCCGACGAUACUGCCCCCACGGGGAAGGAACUUUGCGAUAUCGAAGUUGAAGAUGGGAAAUAUCCUGACGAUAGCCCGCCACCUGAGAUCAAGUCGGAGCCGACACCACCAACCCCUACCCCCGAAGCUCCCAAGAUAUCACAACCCGUGGAGGCGCCCCGAUUCUCUCCUGCUCCUGUCAAACAAAGCAUUACCAGUACUCCGGGCAAGUCGCUGCAUGCAACCUUGGCUACUCCCGCGGUUCGUGGGCUGCUGAAGAUGCACGAUGUAAACAUUGAAGAUGUGCGAGGGACCGGCAAGGACGGGCGUGUCCUUAAAGAAGAUGUGCAGCGAUUUAUUAUAACGCGCGACUCGGUAGAUACAGUACAGCCUCAGCCUGCGAAACAACAAACACAGCAGGAUGAGACGGUGGUCAAGUUGACACCAGUUCAAUCCCAGAUGUUCAAAACAAUGACCCGGUCCCUAAACAUUCCCCACUUUCUCUACGCAGAUGAGCUCAAUAUCAACAACCUCAACGCCAUCAGGAAGAAAUUGGCGGCUGAUCCGAAAGACCCCAAGAAGAUUACGUUACUCGCCUUUGCCAUCAAGGCCAUGUCUCUCGCCCUGAAUGAAUACCCGCUCCUCAACGCAAAGAUCGAUACAAGUGACCCGGACAAACCGCGACUGAUCAUGCGGGCAAAACAUAACAUUGGUGUCGCGAUGGAUACCCCUCAAGGACUGUUAGUCCCCAACAUCAAGGAUGUAGCCAGUCGUUCUGUUCUAGAUGUGGCUUCGGAAAUAUCACGCCUGAACGCGCUCGCUAAGGCUGGAAAACUUACUCCCGCGGAUCUCAGCGGCGGCACGAUCACUAUCUCCAACAUCGGGAACAUUGGAGGCACAUACGUUUCACCCGUAAUAGUGUCGACUGAAGUGGCAAUCUUGGGUGUUGGCAAGGCCAAAACCGUUCCUAUAUUUGAUGAUGAGGGUCAGGUGAUAAAAGGCGAGCAUGUGAACUUCAGCUGGAGUGCCGACCAUCGAGUAGUAGACGGAGCGACCAUGGCUCGAAUGGGCAAUAGGAUCCGAGAACUCCUUGAGUCGCCUGAGCUAAUGCUGUUGAACUUGCGAUAGUCUACGCAUAGAAAUCCCCUGGUGCUGGUAUUAGCAAUGAUUUUUGACUCUGAUCAUAGAUCACUGUGAAUGAAGAAGCACAUUUAGCGCUAUUACUCC